AUGGGGCGACUCGCGGCGCACCCGGCGCUCAUGAGGGCAAAGUGGUCGGAAGCGUGCGGCCGCGACGGCGGCGCGGCGAUCGGCGGCGCGACGCUGGAGCGCUUCAGAUGGGCGCACACGUGUGUGAUGUCUCGGACCUUUGGCAACGCUGCGCCUGGCGGGGGCAUCGGCGUGCGCAUGAUGGUGCCCCUGAUUGAUAUGCUCAACCACGCGGGCGACCGCACAGCCGGGCUGCUGACCGAUGAGUCAUUCGCAUGCGACAACGUCAGGUGGGACGUUGUCGCGCCCGGCAGCCCCUCCAACGCCACCGGCGGCUGGGAGAUGGCCGUCAGCGCGAAGCGCGACGUGGCAGAGGGCGAACCACUCCUGCUGAGCUACUUUGAGGGGUCCAACGACGAGUUCCUGCUUCAUUACGGGUGA